AUGGAGGUGUGCGAGAGCGGCGGGGAGCAGCCACCGCUGCUGCACUGGGACCGCAAGCUGAGUGAGCUGUGCGAGCCCGCCGACCCCGACACCCUGCUGUGCCACACGCACUUCACAGAGUUCCUGGAUGAGUUUUCACCCGAUGUCCUAGGCCAGCUCUUGAAUGAUCCCUUCUUGUCUGAGAAGAAUGAAAUAAUGGAGGUGGAACUGUCUCCGGCGUCCCCAGCACCACUCAUCCAGGCAGAACACAGCUACUCCCUCUGUGGGGACUCUCGACCCCAGUCUCCCCUGACCCACAUCUCGACUGAUGACAACUUUAAUGAAGGUGACUUGGAAAAUGAGGAAUGGUGUCUGGGUACAGAGCUGACUCCAGCAGCAAUAAAGACUGAGCCAGUGUUGUGUGAGACCUCAGGCCUUGCUCCCUCAGUCAGUCUUACUGUCACGACCACGUCGCUGGAAGGGGAACAACCUGAGCUACAGACGGACGCCCUGGUACAUACUAGCUGCCAGAAAGUUCUUCCAGAGAUUAAAUUGGAGCCCCAUGAAGUGGAUCAGUUCCUGAACCUCUCUUCUAAGGAAGCACCAGUGGAUCCCCUGCAUUUGCCUCCAACCCCUCCCAGCAGCCAUGGCAGUGACUCUGAAGGAGGGCAGAGCCCAGCUAGAUCACUCCCACCUUCAAGCCCAAUCCAACUACAAGCCACUGCUAAAGUGACAUCACGCACAGCUUCAGCGCUCUCCAAUUCCCCUCUCCUGACUGCACCACAUAAAUUACAGGGGACCGGCCCACUCAUCCUGACAGAGGAGGAAAAGAGGACGCUGAUAGCAGAGGGGUACCCAAUCCCUACUAAACUGCCCCUGACAAAAGCAGAGGAGAAAGUGCUGAAGAAAAUACGCAGGAAAAUAAAGAACAAGAUAUCUGCCCAGGAAAGUAGAAGAAAAAAGAAAGAAUACAUGGACAGUCUGGAAAAAAAAGUUGAGACCUGUUCAAAUGAAAACAGUGAGCUGCGUAAGAAGGUUGAAGUCCUGGAGAAUACUAACAGAACACUUCUGCAGCAGUUGCAGAGACUCCAAGCCAUGGUUGCUGGGAAAGUGUCCCGGUCAUGUAAGGCAGCUAGCACACAGACAGGGACCUGUCUUAUGAUGUUGGUGCUGUGCUUUGCAGUAGUUUUUGGCAGCUUUUCUCAGAGCUAUGGGCCAUAUUCUUCUGCUACAAAGAUGGUGUUGCCCAGGCAGCAUUCCUCGCCAGAGUCCUACACAGACUCCAUUGUGAGGUCAAGGAGUCUGCUAAUUUAUGAAGAGCCUCACCAACUGGAGGAGUCGUCAAGCCCUAUCUCCUUCGCAGAUCGCAAUGACAGACAAGCAGACACCUCCAAGUACACAGCGCUGUCCCUGGAAGCCAUGCCAGGGACACAGCAGGAUGAUAUCAUGCAGUUCACAAUAGCCAACGAGACGAGGCUAGAGAAAUCGGUGCUGCUGGGCCUGCAGCAGCACAGAGUCAGCUCCGAACUAGAAGGAAAUGAAACACUGAAGAUAAUUGAAAUAGAUAGAAGAGUCAAUGCCACCUCCUAAAAAUGAAAAAAGGCCUUUUUUCUUGACUUCCCUCUUUCCCACAUAUUUUCAACCAAAGUCCCCCUGACUUGUCAUCCUCAGUGAACCAAAGCACAAAAAAGAGGGAGUUUAACUUCUGCAUUGACUGGUGAGGCUGUGACUGCAGAUGGGAUCUCUUGCCUUUGUAACUCCCUUCCUCACUUCACACACAGUCCCUGUCUUUGCUUUUAUUCCUUUCCUGUCUAAUAGUGCAAGGGCAGGAUUGAAUUAUGAUGGCACAUGAUGCCAGCAGCGUGCCGGUGACUGGUGGGUGUGUAUGUGCCUGCAUGCACACAUCCUAAUCUGAGCAUAAAGACGUUCUGUAGAAGAGUGAAAUAUGCAAAACCAAUGGGAGCAUGUUCGUGAUAGGUUUCUUGGGAGAAGGUAAUUGAGAGAAAGAGGAGAUGCAGCAUGAUGCUGCUCAGAAUCUAGCCACUGCUCCAUGCCUACUGGCCUACAGCACGUGAGCCUUUUGGGGGGAUUGAGAAGCAUGUGUGUAGCCUGCUUCUGAAGGGACAAGAAAGGGCCCUAAUACUGCUGAGUUAACAUCACAGGCAGGAGAGGGGUGGGCAAUGAUGCUGCUGAAUUGUCCUCCCCUAGCUCUUUCUCUUCUCGCCUCCAGCCUCUUUAUCAUUUAGUGGGGUAGGUUUCUCUCUGGGUUGAAAGCAGUCUUGGAAAGCUUCCCUACUGCUUCCACUCUUGUGGAAUUCAAGCAAAGAUCAGUUCCUAUCUUGUCACACUUUGUGUGGGAGAAUUACAUUAGUUUAACUAAAUCUGUUUAGAAAGCAGGUUUUGUUAAAUUUAUGCAAUGUUUUGGAUGGAUGUCCUUUAGUCUGCUUAAGGCUAAUCUGUUUAGCUUAAAUCAGUUCCUUCCCAACAAACUAAAUCAAUGUAAAGCUUAAACCAGAAGUGCCUCCUGAGAGGACCAUAUGGAUUUAAUUUAUUGGCUUCUAGAUGCGUUGAUGGAAUUUCUUAUGUAGACCCGGUCUCAGAUUGUCCUGUUUUCUUUUCCUUGCCAUCUUCCUGUUACUGUUGUAAAUAGUAUUUAUUAGCUUUGCAAAAUUUUGUUCAGGCAGUCGCAAUGAAGUGAACUGAGCUUCCCUAACCCUGCAAGUGGUCUGGGCAAACUCUGAAAUCGAACACGCAAAUAUCACUGGACACCCAUUCCCUCCCCCCAAACUUGAAUUGCCCUAAAAUAAAGUCAUGUGUCUAUCUUUCUCUUACCUCCUCUUCCAGAGAUGUGAUCUUAGACCAACUGCUUAGCCAAAAAGAUAGGGGUAUAGGUAGCCCCAGCUAGGCACAGUUCAGGCUUGGAGAUGGUAGAUAAUGUAUUAACUGUAUGGCAAGACAGCCUCUGACGGGGAGUUGAGUAUGUAGGCAGGAGACAAGGCAAAAGAGGGAUGAGGUAGGCACACAGGGAGGUGAAGUGACUGAUCUAAGUUCAGUGGAAAAGCCAAGAGCAGUAUUCAGGUUUGAUCCUGGUCCAGCAGUCGUCUUCAUUCUUUGUUUCUUCCUUGUCCCAUAUAGCUGUUGCCUUUAAGGGUUCUCCUGCUCUCAGUAUGCUGGUCAUGCCUUUGCCUGUGCUUCUUGGAAUUUGUCCUUGCAGUGGCACAGUUAAACCUAUGCCAGGAUUUGAGCAGAGUUUUAUCUGGUUACUAUAGAAGGGCACUCAGACUCCGUUGAGGGUGGAUUUAAUGUGAAAAUCCUGAUUCAGCAGGCUAGCAUAGCUACUUUAUAGUUUA